UAUUUAUUUCAGCUUUCUUAGGAUUUGUGUCCUGUGAAAAUGACAUAUGUGUUACUACCAAACUUCAAGCUUGUAUAGCAAUUAAUGCAGUCAGCUUGGGUGAGGAUGCCAAGGAACCUUGCAAAAUGUUUGAGGUAGCAAAGGAAUGCAUUCAAACCGUAGAAAAAGAAUGUCAGACAAAAGAGGAUCCAAAUUUGAAAGAUUUUAUUUCUGUGGUGGAAGAUGUCUGUAAAGAAGGUUCAGAAAGAAAUAAAAAGUUCAUCAAGAAUUUCCCUUGUUUCGGGGAAACCAUCGAAAAUUCUUCCAGCUGUGUAGCAUCUAUUGUCAAGGACGUGACCCCAGAAACUGCCCAAGAUCCAGAGAAGGUGAAAGAAAUUACAAAGACUGUGUGCAAGCAAAUGGAUAGUAUCGUGACAUGUUUCGAAAAGAAAGUUGAAGAUGCUUGUUCGAAAGACGUCAAAAAGUUUUUCCAGGAACUAUAUAACCCUGCUCUCAAGGUGGUCAAGAACAGCUGCGAAAAAAUAUUAAAUGACGACGCUUCUAGCUCCCGCGCAGUAUCUUGGCUUGUAAACCUUUCAGUGUUGGUUUUCUUAUUCUUUUGGUACUCUCGCCGAUAAGGAAUAUGAAAGCUUAUUCUUUUUCCUGCGAUUUAGAUCAUUAAAAUUAAAUGUAUAUAAUAACGCAAAUAUGAUUAAAUUCUUUUAAAAAUAUUUACUUUUAAAGCAAUAUACUAUGUGAUUUAUUCAAAUAAAGCAUAAAAACAGUGAA